CCCAGUCGCCCAGCACAAGCAAAUGCCCGACCCUAUACCCCACAACCUCUCGUCUCGGCGGGACCGCUCAAUCCGCAGCGCGAGUCGGCAGACGACAUCCAUCCCGGCCGGAUCCAGAGCCAGCUUCCCUCUGCCAUCGUGCUGCACCUCGCGAGAAUUCAAAGCAGCUAUUGGCGCAACUUACCGCAAAUCCUACUUGCAACAGAACAGCUUCUCGGCCUUCUCCUCCUCCUUGGCUACACGGCUACCUCUGCCGCACUCCUCCUCCCCCAUCCGCCAUCUCCUCCAUUGCUUCUCCGGAAGAGAAGGAACCCGGGAAGCCGGCCCCUCACCCUCCGCAAAAGCCACGCGCCACCCACCUUACCCCGCCCACCCUCCGCCCGUCGCUUUCCUCGCGUUUAGCGUAACCGACUCGGUGGGUCGCCGAGGCCGGGGGACAUAAAGGUGCUCGGCGCCGAGGCCGGAUGAUGAGCGGCAGACCGGGCGGGAGGGACGCCGAGGGCGAGUGGGAGGUCCGGCCGGGCGGGAUGCUGGACGGCGACGCGGCCGGCCCCGCCAUCAGGGUCAGGGUGUCCCACGGCGCCGCCUUGCGCGACGUCUCCGUGCCGGCGCUCGCCACCUUCGGUGAGCUGAAGAGGAUCCUUACCCAGGCUACUGGCUUGGAGCCUGAGAGGCAGAGGCUCUUCUUCCGUGGGAAGGAGAAAAGUGACAACGAGUUCCUGCACGCAGCAGGUGUCAAGGAUGGGGCAAAAUUGCUUCUGCUAGAGAAGCUUGCCCCUGCCAACAUGGAGCAGAAGGCUGAGCCAGUGAUUAUGGAUGAGGGCAUGAUGAAGGCAUGCGAGUCUGUCGCGCAUGUCAGAGCUGAAGUUGAUAAACUCUCAGCUAAGGUGUGUGACUUGGAGAAGUGUGUGAUUGGAGGGAGAAAGGUUGAGGAUAAAGAAUUUGUCGUCUUGACGGAGCUGCUUAUGAUGCAGCUUCUCAAACUCGAUGGCAUAGAAGCUGAAGGAGAAGCCAGGGCACAGAGGAAGGCGGAGGUGCACCGAGUUCAGUCGCUUGUGGAGACCUUGGACAAGCUGAAAGCAAGAAAUGCUAACCCCUUCCGUGAUCACAACAAAGCUGUUUCAGUGACGACACAGUGGGAGACAUUCGAAAAUGGUAUGGGCAGCUUGAGCGCACCCCCGCCACAUGUUUCUUCGACACAAAUCAACACUGACUGGGAGUAUUUCGACUAGCCUCAGAUCAAGCUGUUAAUGUAUCAUGAAACUUGUGAGAUCAGUGUUGACAUUCCUUUCACAUGCACGUUGGUGUUGUGUAUAUGCACCGAGUGGAUGCCUUUUGCUAUUCCCACUGCCUGUGAAUGUUACCAAAUGACAUCACUGAUCCGAGGCUUCCAUCUUUCAAUCUGCUCUUGCCAUGGGCAUAUGGUACAUUUUUCGGAUAA